UAAACUGGACUAUUCAAGAUUUUUGACUAUUAAAUGGAUAUAUUAAUCAUGGACUAAGAGGCAAGACAUCUGUCCAGGAAAAGUGUUAAACCAGUAAUUUUAUCAGGUGGUAUUACCUCCCUAGAUUUACCCAAACUAACAUCCCCAUUUGUCUGCACCAGUCAUGGGGUCGCUACCCCUCUUGCGUCACACAGAUGUUCCACCAAGGGUGACGGAGAACUUCAUCCUGACCGGUUACCGCUUUCCUAACUACACCUUACGGGAAUGCCUGGCUUCCGCCUUUCGUCCAACCAAUGAGCAGGGAAACUUCUGGACUCAUUUCCUACUUUUUAUUUUUGCUUUCCAUUUUGUUGAGGUGUUUGAGUGGGAAGGUGCUCCAUCAUGCAGCGACCCUUUCUUCUACCCGUUUUGGAACUAUUUCAUCGGGGUGUUUUUCCUACUGAUGGCCAGCAGCAUGGCGCACCUUCUCAAUUCCAUGUCCCUCAUCAUUCGUGAGAUUUGCUUUUUCGUGGACUAUGGGACCAUCAGUGCCUACACAGUCGGCUCCGCACUGGCCUAUCACUACUACAUUCAUCCGCAGGCGGGUAUUGUUGGGACCGGAGUGAGCCAGAACACUUCCAGGUCUCGGGAGACUGGGGUUGCUGCGGAGCCUCCCCUCGGUUACCCACCCACUCCUCUCCUCUCCGGAUUCCGCACAUUCUUCGAGAACUUCUACGUUCCCUGUUCGUGCCUGGUGGCUAUUAUCUGUGUGCUUGCGUGCUGCAACACCCGACAGCGCUGGAGGAGGUAUCGGUAUACAAUCCGUACCCUCGUCUUCCUCCUCCCGUUUUUCGUGUCCUCCACCCCUGUCUUCUACAGACUGCUCCAGCACUCACCCUAUCUCACUUCCUCAUCCAUGUCCACGUAUGCCUACCUGUCUUCACCCAUGCCCAUGUUCUUUUACCGACACUGUUUUUGGCUGGUGGUGUCAGCGCUGUUCAACAUCAGCAAGAUUCCUGAGCGGCUGUCCCCAGGCAAGUUUGACAUCUGGGGGCACAGUCACCAGUGGUUCCACUGCUGCACCUUUCUCUCUAUCCUGGAUGAACUCCACAUGAUCAAGGUGGAGAUCCGUGCCCUGUUCCUCCACCCUUCACUGGUUCUGUCUCCAACUGCUCCGCCCACGCUCCCGGGACCAACGCUGUACUCCACCUAUGGGGUGAUGCUGUUGCUUCAGGGCUGUAUAGCUAGCAUCAUCUCCUGGUUUGGGUGGUGUGCCUACCACAUCUAUGCCCCCCAGCAAAAACAGCUGAAGUCACAGUGAUCUGGCCCACAUAAACUCUUG